CAUCUCGCUUGGAGCCCUCUGCAACGUCUGCCGGUGAGAUGUCCCUCUGAUCAAAUCCGAGAAUAUUGUGCACCCGCAAUGAUCCUUCCAGAAUUCUAGGUCUAGUGGUACUGUGUCAGUUGAUACCCUUAGCGUUUCGUCGAUGAACUCAAGGAUGACAAAAAGGCACUCGGUGUAGCGUUGACUAUGUCGCCCUCCUUCAGAAUCCGAGCCCAAUACCACCUUUUCCGACAUGUAGACGUUUAUCCCCCAACUGGUUUUGCGAGAUUUAACGAAUUAUGCAAAAUCUCACCAUUAAUUCCCCGUCUUAUUCGUUCGCUUCGUACAACAACCUGGCACAAAGAGAUAUCAGACCCGGAGAAGCUGCAACUACACAUCCUAAUCAAUCUGGAAAAGAUCUCUCUAUCUGAGUACGACAGUACCUCCAUCCCUCCUUGGGACAACGCCUCCGCAAUCGACUCUCAAAUAUCCUACUCCGCCACUUCGAUGAACCUCGAUUGCAUUCACUUCCCUUCCACACAAAAUUUUCGCAGCUGCAUAGAAUCCUUCCCAGCUCUCAAAACAUUAUCUAUCAGAGGGCUCCUUAUUCAUGACGCGAAAUCCAUUGAGCACGUCAGCUCCAAUCCGGGACCUCCCAUCGAGACGCUCACAAUCAAAUCUUCCGGUAUGAAGAACAAUCACGAACGCGUCUUCAUAGGUUCAAGGACGGAGAAGAUAGGCUGGCAAAAGCCUUUUGGCCUGAGUGCCCUACGCAAGCUUCGGAUGGUCUUUUGCGGGCUGAGACUUGUACCCAAAGUACAAAACAUCCUGGACAUAACACACAACACGAUCCAGGAGUUUUAUCUCCUUCUAACCCCAGAGGCUCGCUAUGACCAAAUGCCCGUGAAGGGUCAGCACGUACUCAUUUUCUCUCGUGUCCCAUUCGUCACCUUCGACCCUACCACGUCGGACACUUCUUGGGAAAUGAGGUACCUCGUGACGUGCUUGCGGAAGGGUGUUCCUACGCGGCUCAAUGUCAGUCUAGAUUACAGUGAAGAUACGUUCCACCAACUGCAUGUUGAAGGUACAUGGAUGGCGCUAGACAACGUCAUGCGAGAUGGCGGGUCUUUGCUCUGCGUCACAAUCGAAUUCGAUGGGGACAUAGACAGAGAAGCGAUUAAGAGGAAAUUCGCCCUGCGCUUGCCGAGGAUGUAUGCUGCAGGGCGAUUGGCCGUCGUGUUUACGGACGAUCACAGCAUACCGCUCUAGUGGCUGAACUUCAGUUUCGAGUGUCAUAGCGUUGAUCGUACUGGCCUACCAAAGAUGAUCGAGAAAACGAUGGUGUCGGUUUGGUCUCUUUGGAUUUAUUAGAUUCACUGUCCCUUCACCGUCGAGUACCUCCCUAGAGUCCAUAGAGUACAGGGCAGAAGGUAGUCCUACAAGAUGUGUCGGAGUAGUUGGUACCUCCCUCCAUAAAUAUACGAGACUACCCAUAUCCAUCCACUAUUCC